AUGUCCAACAACCAAGCUUUCCAGAGCGUCGCGGCCACUACCAAGGAUGAUUCCGCAUCCAUCAUGUCAUCCUCGACUGCCGCUAGCAUCACCAAGCCUCACAAGGAUCAGAAAGACUCCUCCAAGAGCAAGAAAGACAGUGCAGACCGCAAGAAGGUCACGGAUUCUGCCAGCAUCUUGCGAUCCCAAAUGAACAUCAACCUCUAG